AUGAAAAUUCGAAUUUUAAAACCAUCCUUUUUUAAAAAAACAAAAACUAAUUCCAGGCAACAAGCAUUUUGCUGGGUGUUCUUUAUCAACAUCUGGGAUUUAUUUACAAUACUGGAGUCAGAAAGAAUUGUUUCCUUACCAAAUGCCAACCUUACAAUGGAUAUGAAAACCUAUGGCCAAAUACUUGAAAACACUCAUAAUUGCACAGUCAGUAGUGGGCCAGUGCCUUAUGAGGUAAAUCAUUAUCGAGAUGAAUUUCCAGUCCAUCAUGGCUUAUGCUUACAGACUUCAGCCAUCCCGUCACAUCACUUAUUAGACAAGUCACCACUGAUCUCGCCUGUAAAUGAAACCUCUAAAGGGCAAUGGUGA